GAUCAUGUCUAUAAAUAGUCAUUCUCUUAAUGCAUGGGACUAUAUGUACAAUUUAUUACUUUCCACAACUUUCAUCUUUUCCUUUGAAAAUACAUUCAGAUCAGAAAUGGCAGGCAAUGGCGUACAGGUUGGACCGUGGGGAGGUAAGGGUGGAGUUAAUCCCUGGACAUUCAUCCCUGAUGGCAGAAUUUGCGAGAUCCGUAUCAGUGCCUCAGGCUGUGUAGAUUCAAUCAGGUUCACUUACAAGGAUCGUGAUAAUGUCAAACACCAUUCUGAAACAUAUGGUGGUGAUGGUGGUUCACCUCAUACGUUUACAUUUGCUGAUGAUGAGAAUCUCAUCGGGAUUACCGGAACUGUGGGAGUAUAUGCCGGCUACACUGUGAUUACGUCAUUGUCUUUCCUAACCAACAAAAAGAAGUAUGGGCCAUAUGGCACAACCCAGGGGACUAGUUUCUCGCUUCCAGUCGCUAAGGGUAGCUUUGGUGGAUUCAGCGGAAACUACGGGGAUUACCUCGACUCUUUCAGUGUCAUUCUUCAUCCCUAUUAGUAUUUGCAGCCUGCAUACAUGGUGUUCGACGUGGUAACCUUGUCAAAAUAAAGAAGCCUGAGAGAUGUGUUUGUGAAAUUGUUGUGUUAUCCUGUUUUGAUGUUCAACUCGUAUAAUUGCUUUGUGUUUUAAGAUCGUAUCUUGUUUCCUAAAUAUAAUUACAAUAAGCACCCUUGUGCACUAGGUGUCUUGAUCAUGUACUCUCAAACACUUCUAAUGGG